GGGAGGGCCUGGAGGGAAAGUCAGUGAGCGGGUCGCGAGAGGCGGGGCGUGAGCUUCUGAGUCCUUCCCGUUCCUGUGACCUCCUCAGCGAGGAGUGACAGCCUCGCGGACCAGAGCAAUGGGUUUGUUCUCGGAGUUGAAGUUGGCUGUGCCCUGGGGGCACAUUGCUGUCAAAAUCUGGGGUUCCCAGAAGAACCCUCCUGUUCUCUGCCUGCACGGCUGGCUGGACAACGCCAACUCCUUUGACAGGCUUAUCCCUCUUCUACCACAAGACUUCUGUUAUGUGGCCAUGGAUUUCGGAGGUCAUGGGCUCUCAUCCCAUUACAACCCAGGCCUCCCGUACUACCACCAGAAUUUCGUGAGCGAGGUCCGAAGGGUGGCAACAGCCUUUAAGUGGAAUCAGUUCUCCCUCAUGGGCCACAGUUUUGGUGGCUCUGUGGGCGGCAUGUUUGCCUGCAUGUUCCCCGAGAUGGUGGACAAACUGAUCUUGCUGGACUCGACGCCAUUUCUCCUGGACUUUAAUGAAAUGGAGAACAUACUGACCUACAAGCGGAGACACAUAGAACAAGUGCUGCAGGUGGAAGCCUCCCAGAAGCCCCCGCGAGCCUACAGCUCAGAGGACCUGUUGCAGAAGCUCCUGAGUCAAAACAGCCACUUGAAUAAAGACUCUGGGGAACUCCUCCUACAGAGAGGAGCCAGGAAGACAGCGGAAGGUCUGGUGCUGAACAGGGACCGGAGGAUCUCUUUGCCAGAGAACAGCUUUGACUUUGUGAGCAAGGAGUUGUUUGUGCAGGCUACGAGGAGACUGCAGGCCCGUGUGCUGAUGAUCAAGGCACUGCAGGGGUUCUACGAUGUGAGGCGGGUGAAUGAUAAACACAAGGAGCCCCUGCUCUUCAUGGUGGACACGCUAAGAUCCAUCCUAAAGGAGCGGUACCAGUUUGUGGAAGUCCCGGGCAGCCACUACGUCCACAUGAACACGCCUCGGGUUGUGGCUGGAGUCAUCAGCUCCUUCCUCCAGUGCCUGCCGCCGCUGUCCUCUUCCCGGCUGUAGCUCUGGCCUGGGACCCUGUCCUCACUUUACAGCUUCCACUGACCUUGAGCACUCUUUUCCCACAAAAUAGGUGGGGUGGGCGUGGGUCUCCCUGGGCUAAAAGGCCAAGAGAGGUGGCAGGGAAAAGAGUCUGGUGUGAUUCGUGCCUUUGAGAGGGGGCUGGGUGUUUGCUGGGGCUAAGGAAGCAGGCCUGGGGCCGGCCCUCUGAGGCUGCUGGAGCCUGUCCUUGCCGCCAGCUGUAUGGAAAUAAAAUCAUCUCCCAUCUUCA